AUGAGAUACAUUUCAGGAACCUUCGUAUGGACUAAAAGAGCGGGGAAGCAUCCGCUGCUACUUCUUGACGGAUACACGUAUAGUUAUCAAAAGAGCAACGCUUACGGUCGAGUCUCGUGGUACUGUUCACGUAGACUCAAGGGCUGUAGAGCGGCUGCCGUCAGUCUGGGCAGAAGUGCAGUAGCAUCGAAAUCUCACAAUCACCCACCACCCAAUGUGAACUUGUCCGACGAUGGAUUUAAAAUCCCGCCCAGAAUACGGCCCGGGCGGAACAUGCCGUUCCUUGGCGAGAAAGUAACGGUAGGGGUUAGUCUCUGUGAAGAAUCGCCCUUCACCACUAAAAGUUCGUCGUCCUUAGAGAGUUUGGAAUGGAGUCCAUGUUUACCGAAACGAAGAAAGAAAGUAUUAACACUACAAGAUAAAAAUGAUAUCUUAAAGGCUUUAAGAAAAGGGGAACUAGGAAUAAGAUUAGCCAAAAAAUAUGGCGUAGGUAGCUCUACGAUAUCAGACAUAAAGAAGAAGGCGGACACUAUAAUGCACAAAAUAGAAAAAUUAGAAAAAAAGUCACCGUCACGUGAAAGUCCUCCACUUUGUUCACCAAAGAGUAUCGUUUCGUUACGAAAAAAGAAAAAUUUGAAUUUAAGAGAAAAAAUUGACAUCCUCGAAGCUUUGAAGGAAGGAGAAGUGGGAAAGAAUUUAGCCGUUAAAUAUGGAGUAGGCAACUCCACGAUAACAGACAUUAAGAAAAAUGCGGAAACGAUAAUGGAACAAAAAGAAAUAUUAUAUAGUGAGGAAUGGAGUAAUUUUAAAGAGUUAAAAAAGACAUCACAGCUUUCCGUCCUAGAUGAAAUAUUAUACUCUUGGCUCCUAGAAAGACAAUCAUCUGGAGAGAGUACAACCGCUAGUGCCGUGUGUGACAAAGCAAUGGAACUCUACGCUACACUCGGUGGCAAUGAUAAUUUUUUAGCAAACGAAAAGUGGCUUCAACGAUUCAAGGCUCGACAUUUUAUUAAAAGCUUGGAACAUAAUAUAGAUAAAAAAUCAAAAUGUAAAGAUGAAACGUCUGAUACCGAAUAAUUAAUUAGGUAAAU